CAACAUGCAUUCCCGGCGCUCUUCCUUUCUUCCUCUGUCCAAUUGCCCCAUCUCACAAGCACAAGUAGACCACAACGUAUCACACCUCCCGCUUUCCUCCCACAACGUCGUACCUCAUUUCACCACAUCCACACCUGCAGUACAACUACCCUCAAUCCAUGCCUUCGAAUUCCAGUCCUUAAUUUCAUACCUAGGUACUCGAGUUCAAAAUGCUACUUCACGCUCUUCUAGGAGCUUUCCUCCUAUCUACAGCUAAUGCCACGCGUCAUCACGAGCGUGGACACUUCAAUAUUGCAAGAGAGGAGAGUGUGAAUCUUGACCUCAAACAAAGCACCAGCACAUCAACCCUCACAAUCCAAAUCUCCAUCAACUCAUACACCCCCUCUUUCACCUCCACCUCCACACCCACGUCCACCUCCGCCGCAGCAGCAUCCUCAUCCCUCCUCGACCCCGCAGCCGCCUCAACACCUCAAUUCCCCUCCGCCUUCCCACCAUCGUCGUCCUCCCCCAACCUCCAAGAAUCAUCAAGCACCACUCAUAACACCACAUCCAACGCGCAAGAAUCGUCACCCUCCACCACCGCAGCAACAGAGCCAGAAAACCCGAGAACCACACCCACGCCCAAAGAAACGAUAUCCGUCCCCGCUACGCCGUUGACGGAUGUGAAUUAUCAUAAAAGCGGGUCUGGUGAGAAGCUGGGGGUGAGUUGGGGAGGCUCUUUGGUGUUGAUAUUGGGUGGUUUGGUUGUGAUUGUGGCUAAUGUGGGGUUUGGGGUUUUGUUUUAGGGGAGAGAAAACUUGAAUGGAGAGAAAACUUGAAUGGAGAGAAAACUUGAAUGGAGAGAGAGGACUUAAUGAGGAGACAGAGAGAGAGAU